AUGCUAGAAGGUCAGGAAUUGGCGAGUCCUCUUCUACACAAGGCCAUGGACUACCUCCUCCUUCUCCGAGCCAAUAGGCGAAGAGGUGUUCUUAUUGCUAUGGGCAUCCUUGUGACCUUUGGCCUGUUACUGCACUCCUGGCUGUUCUACUUCCCAUCCGUCACCGACUUGAGCUUCCGCCUAAUCAGAGCGUCACUCUCGACUCCUUUGCCAGUCGCGCUUGCGGAGAACACGCCAGAUUUAAUGCAUUAUCUAUGGGAGCCAUUCCUUCACAACUUCAAUGCUACACACUUUAUCUCAAAAGAGGGAUACAAGUAUAGUAUAGACAAAGGCAAUCAUCGCUGGUCGAAGCCUUUGAAGAAGAAGUUGCUUAUCCUAGACGUGGAUACUCGGCUGGAUACUGGCGCUGGCGCCAUGAUGGACAGGUCACCCAUGAAUACCAGCGCAAUGACUGGGAGAACUGCUGGAAUGAUGAACCACUAUCUCUAUGCUAUGAUCCACGGAUACGAUUACCGAUUUGUGCGAGCCCCCAAUUACCGCCACCGCCACGGGACCUGGGUCAAGGUUCCAAUGAUCAAAGAAGCCCUCAAGACUCACGAGACCGUUGUCUUCCUCGAUGCCGACGCUGUGUUCAUGUACCCCGAGAUGCCCUUUGAGUGGUUGAUGAACCUAUGGAACAUCACAGACAAAACCCUACUCGCCAUGUCAAACGACCCAGAUUCUCCAAGAAACCGCGACGACAAAGGAAAAGUCAUGAUGAAUACGGGCUUCAUCGUGGCCCGCCAAAGUAAUCGGACACAAGACCUCUUCCACGACUGGAACCAAUGUCCUUCAGAAGCAAAGUACAAGGGAUGUCGGAGAUGGGCCAAGGACUGGGCGCACGAACAAGCAGCCUUCUCCAACUAUGUCCGCUACGAUUACAACUCGACUGAUGAUGUACGUGUGAUACCGUGCAUGGAUGGAAAUGGAGCUCCCUACAUCGGCGAUAAGAGCUGCGGCGGAGUCUUUAUUCGGCAUCACUGGUUCCACAAGGACUAUCCUGUGAAUGACUUGCGUGAAAGCAUCCUCGACACUUUCAUGAAGCGGAUACAUGCGGGCUUUCACCAUGCGCAGCAACAAAACUUCAUAGACGCGAGUCAUUAUACUCAUCCAAUGAGUAACCUUAAUGUAUGA